AAUAAAACGACAUAUUUCUGUCAUUUUAAAAUAUUUGACAAUUCACGCAUUAGAGUAUUUGUAAUAAAAAAAAAGCAAGUAUAUAACUGAAUUAUGCAUCAACACCUCAGCGGUAUCAGAGUUCUGUCGAGUACGGAAAAAAGUCUCGUUUCAGCAAAAAGUAAUAAUAAACGAACUUUUUCAUUGUUUAUAAAUAAUUACUAAGUCUUUUACGAUAAUCGCCGAUCCGAAAACCUUCUGGCUAACCAAGCGAUAAGAUCUGAUGAAUGACCGGUUUCUGGCAGAGUUCGUGAGUGCUAGUCAGUGAUUAAGAGUUUCAUAAGCACAAAACAAUAAUUAUGAGUACAACGGCUGAAAAUAUGUAUAUUGCAACAACUAGGACACCUUGCCUUACGAUUAAUGAGACAUCGUUUGAAAACUCAACCGUGAAACCAUGUAUACCAGGACCAACUGUCGACGAUGCGAAGCUGAUUGUUCAAACUAUUCUAAUGUAUAUGGUCCCCGUUUUGUUGGCGCUUAUCAUGAUCGGUAUAGGAUGUUCUGUGGAGAUCAGUAAACUGAAACAGCAUUUCAAAAAUCCUACUGGAAUUCUAACGGGCCUCGUUUGUCAAUUUAUCAUUAUGCCAAUUCUUGCCUACAUGUGGGCAUCGAUAUUCAGCAUGGAGGAACCAGAAACGUUAUCAUUGUUGAUUGUGGGUUCUUGCCCCGGAGGAACAUAUUCAAAUAUAGUUUCUUAUUGGAUUGAUGCUGAUAUGGCAUUAAGCACUACGAUGACAACGGUAUCCAUAUUUGCAUCAUUGGGAAUGUUGCCUCUUCUACUCUACAUUUAUUCACUUGCAUUCAGCACAGUCUCAACACGAGUUCCUUUUGAUGGACUUGGUAUCUCUAUUGCGUUAUCCAUUGGUCCACUGGCAAUUGGGAUAGCAAUGCGAUACAAAUGGAAAAAAUUUGCGAUAGUUGCAGCGAAGGUCCUUGCAGUUAUUGGAUUGGUUGUAAUGGUUAUAGCACUUGCACUUUUCAUCUAUGCAUUUAUCGAUAUAUGGAAGUUUCAACUUGGACUGGUUAUAGCCGCAAUAUUGUAUCCAAUAUGUGGAUUUAUUUUAGGAUACGCUAUAUCAUCUAUCGUUUCUACAAUUGCUAAGCCUCUAUGCUUGUCUCACCGACAUCGAAGAACGGUUGCUGUUGAAACAGGAAUACAAAAUGGACAGAUUGCAUUGUCAAUCGUACAACUUGCUGGAUGGUCUUUUCAAAUUACUGGAAGAACAAUAUUAUUUCCUAUGAUGUAUUCAAUAGCCCAGGUGAUCAUUAGUUUGCUACUUAUUGUAAUCUAUCACGUCAUUCACUGCAUACGGUACGGAAAAAGGGUGGAACUGCAAAAAGGAGGAGAAAUAAUGAAAGAUAAAUCUGAUACGACCACAAAAGAAACUGUGUCGAAAGAUAAUAAAACGUUUGAAAUGGAGGAAUAAAAGAAGGUCAUCAGUAGACUACAAUACUCCUGUACAGUCGCA